UGGCCAAAUCUUUUUCACCUAAAAAUUUAAAUCGUCUUUGUCGCGACACGUAAAAUAUUCCCCACUGAAAAAAACCUGCACAGAAGGAACUGUUUUUCAUUCGUCCCGUUGAAGUGGUCGAACCGAUGAAGAAAUCGCGAAUACCGCACACAAAUAAAGAAACGGACGCGUUGGUUUAUCAGGAAUGGGCCCAGGAUGGAACCAUGAGGAACUCCAGAAUCACAUGAGUUUUUUUGUUGUUAUUUUUUAGUAAUCCUUGUAAAUAAUUUGCUUUGAACGCAUUCAAAUAGGAUUAACUUGCUAAAUAUCACAUAAAACCCUUCAUUUUUUCACUAUAUUUAUAUCGUGAACCAGGACGCGUGGACAUAUCAAACUACCAACAACUGAUAACAACAAAAGCUAACUAUAUUUAUGACAAACAGUUAGCUCCGCCCCCUCCUCCUUCAUGUCUGAUACAACAUUUAAGUUGUUUUAUCGCAAGUUUUCUAUUGUUGGUUUUAACGACGUGAAUCUUUCAAUUUCAAACAUCCGUGACUCGAACGACCGAAGCUAAUGUCACGCCCGCUAUCGUACGCUCUCAAGAGUCGUGUUUGGCGUUAAAGUAGCGUGCUGCAACUUUGUUGUUUUUUUUACAAUGUUUAAAUCCACAGGUUUACGUCAUUCAACUGGUAAUUAACAGAAAACACACACACACAGAUUAACCACUAAACUUUUCCCAUUACACACACUAAACAAACACACACACACACAAUGUUGAGCGUGAAUUCCCCCUCGUAACAAUAUAACGACAAGAACAAACAAAAGUAAAGCCAUGGUUACACCUGGACUCAAAGCUCCAGGUCAAAGGUCAGCACACCAAACACUUUUAUUCACAUUAAUACACAUAAUAUUUAACAUUUAAUAAACAUUACGCUCAAAAUACAGACAUUAAAAGAACGACAGUUACAUAAAUUAGCCAAAUUAUAUAUAAAAAAAAAUCCACAAUAAAUAUAAAUGUACGAGUAUUUGAGAGAUUUGAAUGUCUUUUUAUUAUUUAACGUGACUUUUAGAGACAGAGUCACAGAAAUAUCGCAACUACACAAAUUAAGUUAAUAUCAGGUUUAGAUUGAAGAACUUUUUAUUUAGAAGACGUUUAAAUGAGUUAAUUUAUGCAAUUUAGUAACAAGACUGGGAAUAAUUUGCUGGUAAAAAAACAAACAGUUUUAACCCAAAACUCAAAGUUAAUCUGCAAAUUUAGACCAAAUUCUAAUGGGUUAUUUAAAAAUGCUGGCUUUUGUUGAACUCAUUAAAGGCAGAAAAAACCUUCCCUCUUCACCUGUGGUUACUUCCUCUCCGUCAUGAAGUGGUUGCUCCACUUUUGAUCUUCUUCGCGUGUCAUGAGUAACAUUUUUGCUUUUAUGAUGAUUUGAUUUACACAAAAUAAAUCAGCAAAAAAAAAAAAAACCUAACGGUGACAGUGGAAACAGUGGUGUCGUGUUAAAACAGCUUUGAUCCUGUACCCCCCCACCACACACACACACACACACACACACACGUCACACAACAAGAAGGUAAGGGAAAAAGUCAGUUCAUCAUUUUACUAAGUGCAAUGUUAAGUAAUAUCGGAAACAACAGGGACAAAAACUGUUGAACCUAAAAAAAAAGUUUGAAAACUGUUGUUCUGCGAGAAAUGUACAUUCUCAAUCCCAAUUUUUAGUUCCUCUUCAUUUUGUAAGUUUAGCGCCCGUCUAGAGUAAAAUGUAAAAAAAUCGUACAUGAAUAACGAAACUGGGGUUAGUUUUUAUGACAGUUGGUUUAUCGGAAAAAAGGACCCAGGGUAGAACCAUGAGGAACUCCACAAUGUUUCUGUUCGUCCAGCACUUUGUCGCAGUUUGACAACAGAACUUCUUGGUGCCAUUACUGAAUAGUCUGUAUUCCCUUGAAUGUCCAUCAGGGGGCGAAUCUACCGUUUGCUAUGUAAUGCUACAAAAACCUAAAGGUCUUAAUCUAAAUUUUUAGCACUUCUUUAAGACAGCAUGGCGACCAUUUUGUAAAAGAGAGUCUGAUAGCUUAAACGUAAAAAUCGGAACCAAAUAAGGAAACUGGGGUUUAUGAGAGAUCGGAAAAGGACUCCAGAAUUUUUCUGUUUGUUUCUUUAAAUAUAUAUACAUCUCAAUCUUAAUCUUUUUUUAGCUCUUCUUCAAUGCAGCACAGUGGCCAUUUUGUAAAUGAUGUUACAUUUCUAACAUUAACACACUUCCCCCGUCAGUCCUAAUGCUCUCAGUAAGCUCCACCCCCUUGCUUCUAUCCCAGCACCACCCUCUCAUCUAAAUAUGUUUUCUUCUGAUUUAAAACAAAACCUGUUAUGGCACUGAACUUCAAAACCUGAUUUUUUUUCUGGGGUUCCUCAAGGUUCAAUGCUGGGACCAUUUUUUUUAAUAAAUCCUUCAAAUAAAAAAACCUGUCAUUAUUUUCUUCUAGGUUCGAGCUUCGUGAUGGACGUUAACAUGGUUGUCAGACAGAUUAAAGAUUAAAUUCCUGUUUUUUGUAAAUAAUCCGAGCUGCUUUUUUUAUUUCAGUAUUUUAAUGUCGCUUCAUCAACAGAAUAAUUUCUUUCCUCUAUUGCAGAAAAUCUGAAACUAGUGAUUGAGACAUUAACUUAUCAGGAAAAUUAUCUUGAGUUCUUUUCGCAACUGGCAGAGUAGCCCCCUGGUGGCACACUGCUAUUACUGAUAUCCAAUUCUAUCACUGAUAGGAAAAGUCAAAAUCAAAAAAACAUCUUGUUGUAUAGUCGAAAAGACCACUAACCAGGGGAUAAUUUAGGGGGCGGGGCUAUGGAGUGAUUGACAGCAGGUGUUAGGCACAUCCUCUCAAUCUCAGUAAAUUCCAUCCCUCGCUUCAGUCUCAGCUUCCAGGUGCAACGAACCCAUGAUGAAUUUGGACAAACCAGAGAGAGGUCAUCACUCUGGAGUUCCUCAGGGUUCCAUUCUGGGCCCGUUUUUUUUUUUUUAACGCCAGUUUCCCCGUAAUUCUUAACGUUUUUUUCUGGUUCAAUGACGACAUCUACAGGCAUCGCAAUUAUUUUAAUCUGCAGAUAUAAUAAUUGUUAUUAUUUAUAAUAAAAAGUGAGAUUAACGUGGAUUAGUAGUUUGGGAUUUUUCAUUAGUUUUGAAAAAAUGGAUUUUGUCAAUGUUUAGUUUUUGUGUUAAUUUUAGUUGAUUAGUAUUUGCCAGGUGCAAGACUCAAAAAGGUCAUAAUAUGUCAUCUUCAUAAGAACCCAAAAGGUUUAUUUAUUAAUGAAAUUUGUUUUGUUUGUUUUUAUUUUAUUUCUUCAGUUUAAAUAUUCAUUAUUUGCUCAGUUUGCAAUAACCUCGACUGCCUGGAGUAUUUCUGGCAAUUCUUUACGUCCCUUUUGUCGUUCAAUGUACAGAACAAGUCCAGCGUGACAUCGUUUCUCCGCGUGAGGGAACUUUAUUUACACGCACACACCCGGACAAUAGAAGAGGAAGUGAUGUCACAGGAGGAGAACAAAACGCUGCUUUUUGCAAAUUUGAUGACAAACGUUUAUUUUGUCGUCACACUUUGACUUAAAGUUAAUUUCCUCUUUGUGUAAGUGACAGUAAACACACACACACACACACACACACAAUGAUGACCUGUGUGUGUGUGUGUGUGUGUGUUGGGGUUUUUCUGCUGGUUAUUUGUCCUACAUUUCUGCAGAGGGGGCGGAGGAUGGAUGAGUAUAAAGAGAGACGGGUCGCCGAGACGACUUCACACAACCUCUGCUCACACAGGUUAAAACUUCUUCAAACUUUUCUCGCUCCCUCGCCUCUCACAAAGAUGAAGCUCGACCUGGUUGCCAUGGUUACCUCCUCCUCAACCUCCAUUCGCUCAGUGACCACCAAGCUCCUCCCCCUCCUCCUGCCGCUGCUGCUGAUUGGUUGGUUGGAGCAGGCGGCGGCUCAUCCUGCGGACCGAGCGCUGAGUCCACCGCUGCGGAGCGGGGAAACGUACACGGCUGUUCAUGAAGUGUCCAGACAUGCUCAGAGUUUGGAGAAAGACGACGACUCCAGCGUCAGACUCCACGCCCGCAUCGGCGCCGACCAGGACCACAUGAAGGUCUGCUGCCUCCACGCCAACAUCCUCAACUAUUACCUGACCAACAUCCUGUGUCACCGUCACGAGCAACAUCCCAAGAUGCUGCGCGUGAAGAUCGACCUGAGCCGAGUCAGCGACGACCUGCAGGCGCACGGCUGUAAUGUGACUCACUACCACGAUCAUCAUCACGCCGUGGAGUUUCGCAGGAAACUCGCAAGUAUGGAGGGCGAGCGAGGCAUCAACAAAGCCGUGGGCGAGAUCGACAUCCUGUUUACGUAUUUGUCCGAUUACUGCGUCCACAACAAGAACAACACCGCUAACGCCGCUAACGCCGCCGCGCUCUGACGCCGCUAGCGUUGUUUUUAUUUAUUUUUAUACGUCGACUUUCAUACUUUAAUUUAUUCACUUAUUUAAAUUAACAACAUAUUUAACAUUUUUUUUUAAAUAUUUAUAGACAAAGUUAUUGAUCGAUUUAUUGAUCAGAGUUUGAAUAAGCGAUCACUUUGUUAUCGGUUAUUGAUCUUGUUGCCAUUUUAUGGCCGUGUCAGUGUUACAGUGUUGAUGAUGUCACAGACUGUGUUUGCCACC